UGUCCCAUCAUUGGUAUCAGUGGGAGGAAUAGUGCCCCAUCAUUGGUGUCAGUGGGAGGAAUAGUCCUCAUCAGUGCCCAUCAGUGGAGCCUCAUCAGUACCCAUCAGUGCUUCCUUAUAAGUGCAGCAUCCUCAGUGCCUCUUCAUCAGUGCCCAUCAGUGCUGCCUUAUCAGUGCAGCCUCAUCAGUGCCCAUCAGUGCAGCCUCAUCAGUGCAGCCUCAUCAGCGCCCAUCAGUGCAGCCUAUCAGUAUCCAUCAGUGCCACCUCAUCAGUGCAGCCUCAUCAGUGCCCAUCAGUGGAGCCUCAUCAGUACCCAUCAGUGCUUCCUUAUAAGUGCAGCAUCCUCAGUGCCUCUUCAUCAGUGCCCAUCAGUG